AUGAACGCAGGCGCCGCUCAUGCCCACGAAUCUACCUUUGGUCCAGCAUCAGAGCCCAUUGACAUCAAUUCCUUUGCGCUCACCGAGUCAGGGGGCCUCCGUUCCGAUUCUACAACACAAAUUCCACCUGGGAUCGCGGAAGAAUGUAGCGUAGCUGACAUCCGCAAGGAGGUUCAAGACACAUGGGACAAUGUCAAACUCUCCGGGUAUCUGCUCAGGGACCACGAACUAGUCGUCAACAAUGUACACAUUACUGCAGAAAGUAAAAAGAAAAGGAAGCGGAUAAUCAACUACGAGGCCUUGAAAAUACCGCAUGCAGCAGUACAGGACCUGCAAGAGUCUUUGAAGUGCAUCAGCAAGAACUUGCAGUGUUGGCCAUACUCGGCGGAAGCUGCCCUCUUCAUGCGGGCUCCAAAGAACACGGAUUUCAAUGUCCUUGAUAGUGUGAAACGAUCUACAUCCAAUUUCGAUGAUCCCAACGCAACGGAGGCCAUAUUAACCAUUACCGUCCACAACACGCUCAGCUGGGGACACAACUACCUAUCUCGAGCAUCAACACAUCUCAUACGCUCUUCUCAGACUUUACAAGAUCUGUACGACUGCCUCAUAUGCGAAUCCUCUGAAAUCCCCGAGGAAAUCAUCGAGGAUGGGGAAGUAUUUGGCUAUUCGCAGGUCAACAACGCGGACAACAAACCCUGCGUUAUGUGUAUCGAAGGUCUUGCGUAUGGCGAUGGCCACUCCAAUCCAGACUAUGCUGACAAACUUAUCGAGCAGAUAGGCUUGAUGCCAGAGGAGAAACGACCUAAAAUCACUAAAGCCAACUCCACCCUCGCGACGACCAGGCUGGACUCAUUAUUACUCCGAAUCAACGAGCCGUAUUAUAUGCUCCACCACGGCAAUUGCGAGCACUUCAUCGUCGUAGACCAAAUCAGGCCAGUAACAUCAACUCCCAGUCAAGGUGCAGAAAUACUGACCUCAUUGCAUAGAUUACAACGCCCAUCCGAUAGCCUCUCCGAGUUCCCGAUAACUACUCACAUCACACCGGUGCUGCUCGACCUCUGUCGCGGCUGCUGCAAGGUCCCAGCUGUGUAUGCCAUAGUCGGGGAUGUGCGCCUUCCUGAGAGCCCAUGUGUCAUGUGCGAGCCUUGUUGGACCAACAUGGGCCCUUCGGACGACAGCGAGGUGUCCGUCGUGCCUCUCCCAAGACGCAUACAAGGUUGGGAGCGUUGA